AUGCCUGCCGCUCAAAGCUCCCACCCGCGCGUCCGCCUCUCCAUCUCAACACAUCCGACUCUCUCUCAUGACAUCGCGGCCGCAUUCAAAGCAAGCCAACCGAUAUCCAUUCGGACGAUCGGCGUCAGCGUAGCCGAAACACCGGCUCCUCCACCGUCGCCAGUGGACUUUGGAUUCACGGACACCAACAAAUCGCGAAACUCGUGA